UUGAAGUAGCCAAUGGUGGGUUGGAUAUAGUAGUCCAUAAAAACAUGCGGGGAUGAUAUUGAACUGACGGCAAGGUGACGUGUUUUUUAAACACGUCAGGAAAACUGAUUGACCAAACGGCACGGCAACAUAACGUUAAGUGGAAAUCAACACAUAUAUUUUGAAAAGCAAUGAAAAUCUAAAAGUAGACAUCAAGCUAACUUGAUGCCAUAUGAAGAGCAUGUGAAUAGAGAGAGUCGGAUAGCGUCAAUGACGGUGAGAACAGAGGUGUGGGAGAAUCACCCCCUAACCAUGGCGACCAAACCAGCUGCUGAAUCUGUGCAAUGCUUCGGAAGGAAGAAGACAGCGGUGGCUGUCACCCACUGCAAACGCGGAUGCGGUCUGAUCAAGCUCAACGGCUGCCCGAUCGAGCUCUUCAACCCCGAGAUCCUCCGGUUCAAGAUCUUCGAGCCGGUCCUUCUCCUCGGGAAGCACCGUUUCGCAAGCGUGGACAUGAGGAUCCGCGUCAAGGGUGGUGGUCACACUUCCCAGGUUUACACCAUCCGUCAGAGUCUCGCUAAAGCUCUCGUGGCGUUCUACCAGAAGUACGUGGAUGAGCAGUCGAAGAAGGAGGUGAAGGAUAUUCUGAUUAGGUAUGAUAGGACGCUGCUUGUGGCGGAUCCAAUGAGGUGCGAGCCGAAGAAGUUUGGUGGUCGUGGUACCAAUGGGAGGUGGAACGAAGUGAGUAAAGAUUAAAGAACAUCAUUGAUCGACGAAGUAAGGGUCGCAGUAACGGCUAGACAGAGUUUAUGAUUUGUUGAAACGAAGCGGAAGAGACGGAGUUGACGACUGAACAUAGGUGUAGGCGUUUUAUGUUUAAUUUUGGGCCAUAACAUAAUUUGAAAGCCCACGCGAAGACCCGGUUUCACUCUUCUUUAAUCAAAAUCGAUGGUGACAUGGCAAAACCAAACUCUCUAAUUGGCUGAUUAUUUAAUCUGAUGUGGAUGCCUUAAGCAUUGAGCUUAUUUACCUUUUAGUAUAGUAUAUAGAUACAAAAUUCAUAGAUCCAAUAAUCAGAAGGGAUAAAUACAUAAUUCUAAUUCUAGAUUUAAAUCUAAAACAUAUAAUACUUAGCUAUUUAGAUCUGUAGUUGAAAUCAAAACAUUGAAAAAUAUAAGAACAAAUCUAACCCUAGGUCGGAUAAAAAUCCAGAAUUCUCCGGCGACAUCGUUUUUGGAUAUGUCAGGCAUAGACGAUUGAUACUUCAGAUGGAGCCACCACUGUUUGUCAAUCGGUUACUGAAAUUGUGUUGUUUGAUAUUCAUGAAGAAAAAAUAAUGAAGAGAAGAAGAAGAAGAAGAAGAAGAAGAAGAAGAAGAAGAAGAAGAAGAAGAAGAAGAAGAAGAAAUCAAAGGAGAAUGAAGAGAAUAAGAGAAAAGAAGAAGAAAUUGAAGAAGAGACAUUUCGGCUGAGAGAAGAAAGAAAAAAGAGGAAAGAGAAUAUAAAAGUAGAUCUAUUUGACAGAUAUAAAUGAUUAGGUUUAAGGUUAAACUGUAAUUUAAUAAUUUUUAGAAUUAAAAAUAAUUAAAAAUAAAAUACAUUUUAGAGAAUGAUAUUUUAGCUUUUCCAAUUAGAUGCAAGGAUAAUAGAGACGAUUUCUCGCCAAACCUCCUUAAAUUUAAAAUUGUAGACUUCUUUCUCCACUAAUCAAUAGUUUGAAAUUUAACUACCCAUAGUCUAUGGUUUAAUCGGUUAAUGUUAACUAACCAUUUUAAACCAGCUAAACCAAAUAAAAUCCCAAUUUUUAUCUGAAAGAAAUGAUUCAUCAAAAAAAAAAAAAUUCAAAACAAAAUUGAUUCCCAAACAAAGAAGAUUCAUCAUCUAUCAUUGGUCACUGGUCAUGGGAUUGUAGCCAUUGUUAAUCUCCUAGUAAUUAGGAUAAAAAUUGGGAUUUUAUUUGGCUAAUUAAGCUGGUUUAAAAUGGUUAAUUAAUAAGAUGGUUAAUUAACAUUAAACUGAUUAAACCAUAGGUUAUGAAAAAUUAAGUUUCGAAUUAUUGAUUCAUGGAGAAAUAAGUUUGUAACUUUAAAUUUGGAGAAAUCUGGUACGAGAUCAUAGUUUUGUGAAGAUUUGAUGCUAUAUAAUAGUUUUCGUGGUGAAAUAGAUCGUUGAUCACAAGUUAAUUUUUUCAAAUUGUCACUAUUAAAAGUAAGUUUGCAGACUAAUCCAUUCACAAUAUUUUAUUUGACCAUCUAUUUUAUUCAGCCACCUAAUGCAUUUAUUUUUUUGUUUAUGAAUAUUUAAGUUUUUUUCUCAGAAAAUGGGGGUUGGUUAACAUUUAUUUCUACAAAAGCAAACAAUUGUAUUUUCGCGGGAAAAUUCCUAUAUAUCAGAGAAUUAAAAAUAUAGCGUUUCUUCGUUCCUGUUGUUUGUACAUAUUAUAAAAAUAUUAACAAAUUUCCUCGCAAUCCAUAAAGAAAAAGGACAAUUUUCAGGAAACUAUCUAAUAAAAACAAAGUCUUUUU